CUGAAACUUCGACUAUCAGUUACUCUUCAAACGUCUACUUGUUGUGUCUUAUUUUUGUGUACAGUGUAUGGUUUGCGUCGUGUCGCGGUUUUGAAUGUUUUUAUUUUUAUAUUCUGUGUUUUAGUGAUUUACUUUAUUUAGUGUAUAGCAUAGCACUUUUUACAUGUGUAUCUGUUAGCCGAGAAAUAGAUUCAAUUAUGAAAAAAGACAUAAAAAAAAGUUCGUACUAUGUUUGGUUUCUCGGAGCUCAGGAAUGUAAGAAUGUGAGAGACGUAGAAAGCAUAAUUCCCGUGAUAUCGACUUUGGCGGAAAGGGAAAAGAAAGUGACACCGUAUAAGUUCACUCUCCAAGUAAGUCACAGGGGAUUAAAGAUCGUGCACAAUGUUUCAGCAUUGAUUUCGUUGCCGGGUGGCAAAAGUUCGAAAAGUGACUUGGUUAAGCACCUGAUCCCCGAUCACGCGGUUACCUGCGUCCAUCAGGACGAGGACCUGGUGGCCGUAAUCUUACUCCUCUACAACCCCGUUACUAAGUGGCCCGUUCAUGUGCACGUCUACCGUUGUGACACUGUAGAGACGGCUACUUUGCUCUCCACACAAUUGCGAAUGCUGGUGGACCGGCCGGAGAAUAAGAAGAAACUCAAUGACAUCGAAUCGAGACUACAGACGAAAUCCGAAACACACUGCAACGUUCGAAAUGAACGAAAAAGAGAAUCUCCGCCACAACCGCCGUUAUCGCCCGAAAGCGGGGUGCCGGGUACAGACCAUGUGACGACCCUGUACGAUUCGUUGGCGGCCGAGUUGAAAAAGAAAUUGGGUACUGGAGGCAAGACAGGUGGUGUUCCGAUUUUGUUGCCGCCCAGAGAUUAUGAUACCGUCCACAGACAUCGCGGAAAUCUAAACGGUAUCGACUUUAGACGGUGCAUGAGUGCUAAUAUCGUUGGUGUCAACAGUACUGGUGCAAGACUGCAGCAAGAUUUUCGAAGAUCCGGUACGAAAAUGGGAUCGAGUGGUGGGUCUAGCGGGAUAGGAUCGGAUCACGCACCCAGUCCGGAACAAUAUGAACCGGAAAACGCAUACGCGGAUAAUAACUCGUCGUCAGAUGAUGACUGGAACGCGAGUCCGUUAGAAGAACCAUUGUUUGCAAAACCAACCAAUGAGCAUCCGUUACCCAGAAUCAGGAGACAAGACAGUGGUGUUGACAGUAGCAGUAGUCCAGUUACAUCACCAGAAAAAGACUAUUACAAUGGGAGACAAGAGCUACAACAACAUAACAAUGUUACAAAUUUUAAACGCCAAAACUUAAAUAAUAAUAAUAAUAAUAAUAAUAUUUCACCAAAUCUGAGAGAAAAAUAUUCAGAUCGUAAUGUUGCGUUGGUCCAACCGAGACCGAGAAAUUGUGAUGCGACCAAGAACUCUGCGCAGAUGCCCAUAACCGUGCCUGAACACAGGAAAAAACCUGUAGAAAUUAGACAGAGGACACCGUCUCCAAAUCGUUUGACAGUUAGAGAAUCUCCACGAGAGAGAUUCAAGGAUGCCAAAGAAAAGUUCCUUAUGCUGGAAAAAGAACGGAUUGAGGAGCAACAAUCAGAACUAAAGAAGCGUCUUGAACGACAACGUAGAGAAAACGUUAUGCCCAUGAUUAGAUCAGUGGUCAGAGACUCUUGUAAUUGGUCACGAAGUCACCAUUCAGACGAUGAAGAAAUGGAUAGGAAUCGGUAUGAUGACGAUGGUGACUACAACGACGAUCGUUUUGGCCAACAGGUGGAAAAAAAUUACAGAAGAACCAAUCGACCGAAAGAACGUUCGGAUACUGAUUACAAUGAUGGUUAUUCAAAACAAAUUUCCAACAGACAACCGAGGAACUAUCAGCACGAUCUCAACGAAUCCAGAUUGGUGCCGAGAAGUUAUUCAGCCGAAGACUUCCCGAAAUCGGACCACAACUACCGGCCACCGCCACCAGAAGACCGGCGCAAAAACUCACCACGUCGGGCCGCGGUACCGGAAGCUCCUCGAGCCGCGCCCAGGCGGAAUCGUUACAACGACGUGUCGCCGCCACCGCCGGAACUAUCAUCGCGAGCGAACGACUACAAACGGCGGUCGGCCGCGUACGCUUACGAAGACGACGGUGGCUGUUGUCCGCCUCCGUGUUACGGAGGCAGAGCGCGCGGCGAACCGGACAUCCGGGAGGCGGACGACGACGACGACUACGACGACGACGGUCUGCCGCCAACGACAUCAGUCGGCCGAGAGUACAAGCGGCGAUCGGCGGUGUACGCUUACGAGGAUCGCCACCCGCACCAUCACCAACAUCCGCAGCACAAACCCCAUCGUCAAAACCACCACCACCAACAACAACAACAACAACAGCAAGACCUCGGCGGCAGUGGUUACGGCAGCAGUAGACGGGAAACGAUGUCGGACAGGCGAGCGGUGCAGGUGGCGCCCGAGGACAGCCUCUCGCCGAUUUCGCCCAGAUACAGGCACAGCUAUGCGGAAGCGUAUCACAGGCAUCAGCACCAGCAGGCACAGGCACCGCAAGAACCUGCGAUGUACCGUCACAACGGUUCGUUGCAGUCGUCCGGUCGAAUCGGAAUCGCAGCGAUACAUCCCUAUUGAUGUGUGUUAUCAUCGUUCUCGUUACGAAUACCGGAAUACGUGAUAAUGUAACGACGCGCGACCGAAUAUAACAAUACACAAUCUAUUGUAUAUAAUACAAUAUGUCAUAAUUUUACAUUUUUACCCACUGAGUGACGCGACGAUGUUACUAUUAUUUGUCGGACGAAGACGAUCUGACAAUAAUAAUGAUAUUGAUUAUUGUGAAUUUUUUUUCCUUGUUUACUUUGUUUUUCUAUUUUUACGAGCUUAAUUUUUCGUUGAUAACGUCACGUGCUAUAUUGUGAAUUUCGUAGGUUACCCGCAGGUUGCCAGAAAAUUUUUUAAAAACUUAUCGAGAUCGUCUAUUCAUUGUAACACAAUACACUUAGUCAAUUUAUUAAUUUUUGUCUUUUCGAAGAAACAAAAUAUAUACACGUUAACAUAGUAUAAACGGUCUAGAGAGUUUUUAGAUUUAUACCUUUUAUACAUCUUGUCUACCUGACUACCUAUCUGUAGGCGAUUUUAUAGUUUUAUAGCUAAAUCACUUUCUGACUAUUUUACGGUAUAAAUUAUCGAAUAACUACUUAAUAAUUGACAAACAUUUAAAGUUUUAGAAGUCGACGAGUGAAGCAAUCUAAGAAAGUAAAAUCUUAAACAGUCGUACGAUAUUACUCAAAAAACCACGGAAAAAUCCUAUGAAUCAAAUUGUAAAUAAUUGUUUGCUCAUUUAUUAAUAAACGCAUUCAUUAUUUUGUCA